AUGGCGGCCUUACAAGAUCCUGGUUGUGCCAAAAAGAAAAGAGUAUCUUCCCGCACACAGCUGGAAUACUGCUACAGAUCACAAGAUGCAGUUCCAGCACGAGUAGUGCUUUAUAUCCUGUCAUUUACUGGAUUUUUGACAAAUUUCAUGAUGCGCACCGAUAUUAAUAUCGCUAUGGUUGCUAUGGUUGUGCUGGCACCCCCCUCCUCCAAUGUGAACUCUACUCUGAACUCUCUUGUAUGCUAUAGUUACUCUCCAAACACUACAUCAAGUGAAGACGAUGAUGCUCCCACCCCUUCCCAAGAAGAGGGUGAGUUUCACUGGGAUGCAACGGUUCAAGGAGCUAUAUUAAGCUCCUUUUACUGGUGUUAUAUUCUCUCCCAGGUGGUGGGGGGAGUAUUAACACAGAAGUUUGGUACGAAAGCAGUGUUUGGGUAUUCCCAGCUGGCCACCGCAAUCUGCUCUUUGUUCAUUCCUGUAGCUGCCUCGAUCCAUUACAGUCUACUGAUUGUACUUAGAUCAAUACAAGGAAUUGCGUCUGGUCUCACCUGGCCUGCCAUGUACGCCAUUGUUGGUCAAUGGAUCCCUUCCAGUGAACGCAGUCGAUUUAUGUCAUCAUUCCAAGGCCUCAGUUGUGGCAUCGGGCUAACUUACCCGCUGGCUGGAUACCUCAUAGCCUACUCUGGGUGGCGAUCUGUGUUCUACACCACAGGCUCCAUAGGCGUCGUCUGGUGCAUCUUCUGGUAUUUCUUUGCGUUCGAUGCUCCACAGAAACAUCCACGCAUCUCUAAACAGGAACUGGAAUACAUAGAAGCUAACAUCAGCUCAGCAGUUCAAUCUGAUCAUUCAAUGAAGGUACCUUGGAGAGCUAUACUGACAUCAUUCCCUGCUUGGGCCAUAGGAAUCACAACGUUUGGCCGUAUCUGGGUCCAGUACUCUUUUAUUAUUCGUGGACCAAUGUACAUGAAGACUGUUCUCGGAUUUAGUAUUCAAAAGAAUGGAGUGCUCAGUGGCCUGCCAUUCCUGCUAAGUUAUCUGUCGUCUGUUGUGUUUUGUUACAUUGCUGACUAUCUCGUCACAAGAAACUUGAUCGGGCUUACUAAUGUUCGGAAGAUAUUCACAGCUAUGUCACAAGUAUUGCCAGGGCUGAUGAUGUUAGCUAUAGGAUACCUAGGCUGUGACAUCACCUUGGUGCUGAUCACAUGGUUCCUGGCUGUUGCUCUCAUCACCGCCUCCUACGCAGGAGCCAUGGCCAGCAUCGUUGACAUCGGACCUAACUUUGCAGGUCCAAUCCUUGGAUUUGCACAGACAAUACACAUGACUGCUAGUUUCCUGGCUCCGAUGGUGGCUGCUUUCAUACUGCGAAACGAUUCUGGCUUGGAGCAGUGGAGGAAAGUGUUCUGGGUGGCGUGCUGUAUUGCUGUUAGCACCUAUUUCUUCUUUCAAGUGUUUGGAACUUCUGAAGUUCAACCUUGGAAUUAUCGUGAUGGGAAGCUACCGGACGAAGACACCGAACCUCUUCGCAAGAAGAAGGCAACACGUCAGGACAGUGAUGACUGCGACACACCAUUGACGACAACACAUCACCAGCUCAACAAUACACAUCAAGGACACAUCACCACAAGCGGUCUGUGAGGCAUUUAAUAGUGCUUGUGUACAGGAGUCAUGUAGUAGCCACUCAGAAGAUAGCUAGGCUAGCAGUGGACUAUAGCAGUGUUAGACUUAAACUAUAAGCAAGUGGAAGUGACAUUUCUAUUAGUAAUC